CCAUUCCACGAGGAGAACCUCGGCAGCCCCGUGGCCACACUCUGCCUCAGUUUUUUACUCUUUAGUCGGAUUUAAAAACUUAUUUCGACAUGGACACAGACACUAAUACAGCUCAGGACGUUGGUGCCGCUGCGGAGAAAGUAGACGACACGGACUCUUUCACUAAAGUCAAAUCUAAAAAGACUCAGAAGAGAAAACAUGAGCAGGACGCAGGGGACAUGGACACCGAGGAUGUCGUGGCCAGAAAACGGCCUCAGUUUCCUCCAAUUUCAGGCGACAAACUAAAAGGACCAGAUGAGAUGCGCAAAAUCGCAGUCCCAGCUCACAGAUACACCCCGCUGAAAGAAAACUGGCUGAAGAUCUUCACCCCCAUCGUAGAGAACCUACAGCUUCAAGUCAGAUUCAACCUCAAAACUCGUAACGUUGAAAUCAAAACAUGCAAAGAGACACAGGACAUCGCCUCGCUCACAAAAGCAGCAGAUUUUGUUAGAGCGUUUGUUCUUGGAUUCCAGGUUGAAGAUGCUCUCGCUCUCAUCAGAUUAGACGAGCUUUUCCUAGAAAGCUUUGAUGUCACAGACGUGAAACCUCUGAAGGGAGACCACUUAUCCAGAGCCAUUGGAAGAAUAGCGGGGAAGGGAGGAAAAACCAAAUUCACCAUUGAAAAUGUGACAAAGACUCGCAUCGUGUUAGCAGAAACAAAAGUCCACCUAUUAGGAUCUUUCCAGAAUAUUAAGAUGGCCCGGACAGCGAUAUGUAACUUGAUCUUAGGAAGUCCACCUUCAAAGGUCUACGGCAACAUCAGGGUGGUGGCGAGCAGAACUGCUGAGAGAUUCUGAGGUCUGAUAGGUUGCUGUGUGUAUUUAUCUAUCCAGGCAUUGGAUGCUGCUUUUCCCCACUGUGUUGAUGAGUUAAGACUGUUGACUGCCUUUUGAACCAAUACCUCUGGUUCCUCUGCCAUGGCCUCAUGUUUUCAUCAUCAUCUGGACUUUUUGGUCAGUUGGUGCCAAAUAUGAGGAAAAACUGAUGAUACGUGCAUUAACAGUGCAUGUAUCUGAAAGUAUGAGUUUGUGUAAAUAAAAACAAAAUGAAUCAA